UCUGUAAAAAGUAAACAUCUAACAGAAAGUAUUACCCACCACUGUUGUAAACAAUAAUAAACGAUAGAAUAAACAUGGAAUAUCAGUUUCUUUCAUCCUCUAAUUUAAAAGGCAAAAUUAACGAUUCUUUAAACAUUAUACGUAAAUAUGAUUGGCUAAUAAAUUCCUACGUUUUAGACUUCUAUGUGGAUGAUCAUUGGUCUAAAUUACCAACGUCAUGGCGUGAUUGUUUCCAACAUCUACCUCCGGAACAUUUAUGUUUUUUAUUAGAAAGUAACAAUUACGAAGGAAAGAAUGUUAAUAGAUUAUGGCCCUUAAGUUUAUUGGCUUUAAAACGCUUUAAAGAAUUGUGUGUAAAACGACAACAAAAUUGGCGGGUAAGCUUAAUUCUACCUCGUGCCAUACUUCUCGAUCAUCCUAACCUAAAGCAUAUAUUUAUUAAAGGUGUAAAACCCAAAAAGAGGCAUGAAUUAGAAUAUAUGGCUGCCCUGUGUAAACAGAUUUGCACAGAAAAUCCUGUCGAUUUUGUUAUAGACUUUGGUGCUGGUCUAGGUCACUUGGCCAGAGUUUUAGGUUAUGCUUAUAAUAUUAAGGUCUGUGGUUUAGAAAUGCAAACAGAACUUAAUCAAAAUGCCUAUGUUAUGGAUAGAAAUAUGGAAAAACUUAUAGAGAAAUAUUUACCAGCAACGGAAAAUUUGCAAUAUCAAAGUCCCACACAUGUAGAUCUUUGCUUAACGGCCCAAAUGACAAAAGACGAAUUUUUGUCUAUAAUAGAAAAGGCAAUAGGUCUUACAAAUACAGAUUAUACAUUUGGUAUUAUAGGUCUACAUCCCUGUGGUGAUUUGGGCGCCAUACUUAUGCGUAUGUUUUUGCAAUGUAAACAAGCAAAGUUUUUAAAUUUUGUUGGUUGUUGCUAUCAAAAACUAACAACAAUUGAGGGACGUGCUGGUAUGAAACAAAAGCCACCUCAACAGUUUUAUGGUUAUCCUUUAAGUGAAUAUUUAAAAGCUAGUACAAAUGAUGUACGUUUAAGUUAUGAGGCCAGAGAGAUUUCCUGUCAUGCCAUGGAACUAUAUAAUGAACGUUUAUCGCUAAAGGAUUAUGACUAUUUAAAAGUACAUUCGUUUAGAGCGGCAGCAGAAAGAAUAAUUGUUAAACAUUAUCCUUGUUUAAAACAUUCGGGCUUGAAAAGUGUUAAACAUACGCCAGAUAUGAAAUUUGAAGAUUACUUUUAUAGAGCUGUUAAAGGUUUAGCUGUUGAAAAUCUUAAUGAACAUGAUCUACAAACACCUGUGACGCAGAGGGAUCUUUUAAAUUGGAAAAAUAUUGUUAUUUUUUAUACAUUACGUUUAUUUUUUGCUCCCUUAAUUGAAAGUGUUUUGCUGUACGAUCGUUUACUGUAUUUAUUGGAAAAUGAUUGUAUUGUUCAAAUAAAUCCCAUAUUUGAUCCUCGCCUUUCACCUAGGAAUCAUAUUACAACAGCUGUGAAGAUGUACUGACACAAUUAUUGCUAAUUGUUGUUGAUAUUGAAAAUGUUACUCAGUUUUAUAUUGAAGUAGGAAAUUUGCUUUGAUUUGUAAAAUGUUUUAUUUAUUUACCAAAAUUCUGACAAUAAAAGUGCAAUUUUAUAAAGUU